GCUUCCGUUGUUCUUUCCACUGAUACUUAUUUAAUUUCAUAUUGGAAGCCAACUUAGAAAAAAAAAAAAAGGAGAUGGUGACGGCUUCUUGUAACUUCAUCAGCAAGCAACAAGACUCUAUAUAAUAGUAGACAUGUAAGUUCUGAAAGAGCAACAAAGUAGAGCAAAAUGGUGUCAAUGGGAGAGUUCUGGGUUACUCUAACCUCAGUUGUAACUAGUGCAACUGUUGCAUCAGUUAUGUUUAGAACUUUCUUCCCCACUUACUUCCGGCUCUAUUUUGUAAGAAUUAAUCACAAAUUGUUUCGCUUUUUGAGUCCUUACAUUGAAGUUACCUUUGAUGAGUACACUGGUAAAUAUCUAAAGCCUAAUGAAAUCUUCUCUGCCAUACAAAACUAUCUCAGUACCAACGCCUCUUUGCAGGCUAAAAGAUUUAAGGCUGAUGUUAUGGAAGGUAGCCAGUCUGUGAUCCUUAGCGUGCACGAAAGAGAGGAGGUAUUAGAUGAGUUUAAUGGGGUCAAAGUUUGGUGGGUAUUGAGUCAUAAGACUCCUCCCAAAACACAAUCAAUUUCUAUUUUUGCAGGUUCGGAUGAGAAGAGAUAUUACAAGCUUAAAUUCCAUAAACGUCAUCGAGAACUCAUCACAGGGUCUUAUGUUAAGCAUGUGUUUGAUGAAGGAAAGGCUAUUGCAGUGAAGAACCGUCAGCGAAAGCUGUUCAGUAAUAUCAAGAAUAAGAGUGGCGGGAGAGAAAGAAAGUGGAGCCAUGUCCCUUUUGAGCAUCCUGCAACUUUUGAUUCAUUGGCAAUGGAGACAGAGAAGAAGGAAGAGAUCAAGAAUGACCUCAAGAAGUUCAGUGAGGCUAAAGAGUACUAUUCAAAAAUUGGGAAGGCUUGGAAGAGAGGGUAUCUCCUUUAUGGCCCUCCAGGAACUGGCAAAUCAACCAUGAUUGCUGCCAUGGCCAAUUUGUUGAACUAUGAUGUCUAUGAUCUUGAACUUACCACAGUCGCGGACAACUCAGAGUUGAGAAGUCUUUUGAUUGAGACAACAAAUAAAUCUAUGAUAGUUAUAGAGGACAUUGAUUGCUCACUUGAUCUUACUGGUCAGCGCGAGAAGAAAAAGAAGAAAGCUGCGGAUAAAGGGGAGAAAAAUAUCAUUAAAAAGGCACUGAAAGAAGAGAAUGAAAGCAAAGAAAGUAAGGUUACUCUAUCUGGGCUUUUAAAUUUCAUUGAUGGCCUUUGGUCAGCUUGUGGGGGAGAAAGAAUCAUUGUGUUCACUACUAAUUUUGUGGACAAGCUUGAUCCAGCACUUAUCAGAAGAGGAAGGAUGGACAUGCAUAUUGAAAUGUCCUAUUGUGGCUUUGAAGCAUUCAAGGUGCUAGCCAAGAAUUAUUUAGAUAUCGACUCACAUGAGCUGUUUGCAGAAGUUGGCAAUCAGUUGGCCGAAACCGAUAUGAUUCCUGCAGAUGUUGCAGAGAAUUUGAUGCCAAAGUCUGAUAAGGAUAAUGCAGAGACUUGUUUGAAGAAUCUGAUUGAAGCUCUUAAGGAGGCAAAGGAGGAAGCCAUAAAGAAGGUUGAGGAAGAAGCGCGCUCAAAGGCCGAGAAAGAAAAGGAGGAAAAGUCUCUUAAGGAGGCAAAGGAGGAAGCCAUAAAGAAGGUUGAGGAAGAAGCGCGCUUAAAGGCCGAGAAAGAAAAGGAGGAAAAGUGUACUGAUUCUACUAAAGAGAACGUGAAAGGGGAUGAGACUUCAGCUAAGUCUGUGAAAGAGAAUGGUUUCAUCUAUGAGGAAGAUAAAGGAGGGGAGAAUUGAUGUUAAAAAUGGUUUCACAACUUGUGAAGACUUGGUUAUAAUCUUGUAAGUUUGGCGCUAGUGUGGCUAUCAGUGUUUAUGUAAAUGUAUUGUAUAUCUUGCAGAAUAAGCAACUGUUGCAUAGUGAUUGUUUAUAGUGAAUGCUAGCUGGAGCUGGUUAGCAGCAAGCUAUUAGAUUAGAUUUGUAUCCUAUGUGUGCAAAUUAUGAUGAUUAGCAGUGAUUGUUUGUAUAGCAGAUUAGCUGAAUAUGCUUUAGCUGAUUAGAUCACCUCUUGUUUUUCCUUGUGACCAUUAUGUUUCUUUGAUGUAAUUACUUUAAAUUACAGUUAAGGCA